AUUCCACAAUCCGUUAUCUCCGCUUCAUCGGGACUCACUAGAGCGGACUAAGACAAACGAGGAUCCACUAAGCCUCACUGCAAGGUGUUUCAUGCCAAAUGACCCUGCAAAACGUGGACUUUCAGACCUUCAAUCAAAAAUCUAUAAAAUUUGAAGGCCCUUAUUAUUACUAGCGAGCGGAAUCCUUCUGUUUUUGCGGCCUGUUUUGCGGUCUGCAUUUGCUUCUGCUCCACAACAAGAGAAUAUGCUUCUUCCCCUAUUUUUAACUACAGGUCUCUACUCAAAUAUUGCCCUCGCUCGUCAGGAAGCCUUUGGGACCCCUGCAAUCAAUUUGGAGGCAAAAUGUACUGCACUGAGUUCCCUGCUCCCCGGACAAGUCUUCUGGCCAUCUAGCGAUUCUUACCGAGCGCAACAGUCCUCGUAUUAUUCUGGUGAACAGGCCACAAUGACACCAGCAUGCCGAGUCUCUCCAAACAACGCUUCCGAUGUCUCACGUAUACUCAAGUUUGCAAGCGCACAUGAAUGUCAUUUCGCCGUUCGUACAGGAGGGCAUAUGGCAUGGAGUGGCGCGUCAAAUAUUGGCUCAGAGGGGUUCACCAUUGACAUGCAACAAGUAAAGGGUGUUCCAACGCUUUCCGCGGACAAAUCCGUCGUAUCCUUUGGGGCAGGGUCAAGAUGGCGAGACGUGUACACUGUACUGCAACUGCAGAAUCUCACGACUGUUGGUGGUAGGGUGGGUGAUGUUGGAGUGGGAGGAUUUCUCCUAGGAGGAGGAAUAGGUUUCUUAUCCGCAGAGCAUGGAUUUGGAAGUGACAAUAUUCAGAGCUACGAAGUGGUCCUCGUCAAUGGCUCCAUCAUCAACGCCAAUCAGAAACAGCAUUCUAGCUUAUAUUGGGGGUUGAAGCUGGGCAGCACAAAUUUUGGCGUCGUGACCCGAUUUGAUAUGUUCACCUUCUCACAAGGUCCGGUUUGGGGCGGAUCGCAGUUUUUCGCGAUCAAGGAUGCGCCGAACCUUCUGGAGCGUCUUGUUACCUUCACCGAGAAAUUAGCUGAAGAUCCCAAAGGCUUUUUUGGCUUGAGUCUAGCAUGGAAUCCAGAAGCGAAGGACUACAUCAUUUGGACGCUCCAGACAUAUCUCAAGCCAGAGGCAUACCCUGCACUGUGGUCUGGCUUCGAAUCGUUGACACCUCUCGUCGAUAUGAUGGGAAUUAAGAAUCUUACCGACAUCACCGAAGAAUUUCAAGAGGCAGAUCCUGGGAAACAUGGACGUAGUCGCUGGCUUACGAUGACCUACAAAGCAAAUGCACAGUUUCAUCUGGACUUGUAUGCACGAGGCGUAGAACUUUUCGAGCCGUAUCAUGGCCAUGCGGGAGUUCAUUGGGCCGUCUCGGUGCAGCCCGUACCUGCUAGGCUGGCUUCCGCCGGUAUUGAAAAUGGAGGGAAUCCUACUUGCUUGAAGGAGAGUGAGGGCAAUCUCUGGGUGAUGUUAAUUACAACGGACUGGUUAGACCCAUCCGACGACCACAUUAUGAACACCAGUGCUGAAGCAUUGCUGAAGUGGGCUGAAGACGAAGCUAAAAGGCGAGGUUUAUUUAGUCCAUUCAUAUACAUGAAUUACGCAUCAGGCUCAGAGGCCGUGAUGGUGCGGUCCACCGACGGUCAAACACUGAAGAAGAUGAUUCAAGUAAAGAAAAUGUACGAUCCGCAAGGGGAUCUUGACAAACUAUGGCAUGGUGGUUUCAAGCUGCCUCAAACUGAGGAACAUGGACCAGUGACGAAUUACGAUAGAUCCGAAUUGUGAAUCAUGGUUACAUUAAAUGUGUUGAAUGAGUAGCACUUCCAACCCCGUUUUAGAAUAAUUGCGAGCGAAGCGAAGCAAUACUGGCCAUAGGGUGAAAAAUUUCGUCAAUUCUAUAUUCGCAAAUCCCACGAGGUCACAGCCACCGCCAUUUUUGGUAAUCCCCUGUAAAUCCCUCGUCAUCGAGUUCAGUCGCGACUUUCCUUCCAUUACCUUGUACAUUCUUACUUGCUCAGUAUAUCAUCCUUGUGUAAUCAUUAUA